AUGUCGGCAGAACGAAACUAUGUGCAGACGCUCUUGGAACAGCUUGCUACAGACAUCAUCGAUGCAGAAGUUCUCCGAAUGAUAGAAGAAUGUGACAGCAGGAUCAUUCAUCCUAUCUUCCGCCGUGAUAGAUGGGACAUAGAAGACAUCGACUACCUCCGCAUCGGGCCAGCACUUGUACUCGUAUCACAUCUUCUUACUUGCGAUGGCGCUUCUCACUUUUGGCAUGCCUUUUGGUUUGGGCGGUAUAUUCCCGUCCUGGGCAAGCAUGGAGUACAGCGUGUUCAGUUCCACCCCAUCCAUGAUACGACUGCGCCUCUACCGCCUGUGGAGAAGGCGAAGGUCUUGAGAUUGCUCGAGGAGAUGUCAUUAGCUAUACGACUUCGAUUUGAAGAUAUUGGCAGGGAACUCGGGGGUCGAUGCUGCAUGGACCGUCCCCUGCAAGAGAUCCCAUUCUUCGUGCAUUUGGGGUCCGUUUCACCAAAGCACUAUCGAGUUGUCGAUACAAAAGCUCGGGGCGCUUAA